AUGGGCCACAGUUUGGUAAAUGGGCCACAGUUUGGUAAAGUGGGUCACGGUUUGGUAAAGUGGGCCGCAGUUUGGUCACCGAGGGCCCCACCGAGGGCCCCACGCAUCUGCAGCACAGUGGAGGCGUCACAAGAGGCGCUACAGGAGUCCCUACAGGAGUCCCUACAGGAGGCCCUACAGGAGUCCCUACAGGAGCCCCUACAGGAGCCCCUACAGGAGUCCCUACAGGAGUCCCUACAGGAGUCCCUACAGGAGUCCCUACAGGAGGCCCUACAGGAGUCCCUACAGGAGCCCCUACAGGAGCCCCUACAGGAGCCCCUAAAGGAGUCCCUACAGGAGUCCCUACAGGAGUCCCUACAGGAGCCCCUACAGGAGGCCCUACAGGAGCCCCUACAGGAGUCCCUACAGGAGUCCCUACAGGAGUCUCUACAGGAGGCCCUACAGGAGGCCCUACAGGAGUCCCUACAGGAGUCCCUACAGGAGUCCCUACAGGAGGCCCUACAGGAGUCCCUACAGGAGUCCCUACAGGAGUCCCUACAGGAGUCCCUACAGGAGGCCCUACAGGAGUCCCUACAGGAGUCCCUACAGGAGUCCCUACAGGAGGCCCUACAGGAGUCCCUACAGGAGCCCCUACAGGAGCCCCUAAAGGAGUCCCUACAGGAGUCCCUACAGGAGUCCCUACAGGAGCCCCUACAGGAGGCCCUACAGGAGCCCCUACAGGAGUCCCUACAGGAGUCCCUACAGGAGUCUCUACAGGAGGCCCUACAGGAGGCCCUACAGGAGUCCCUACAGGAGGCCCUACAGGAGUCCCUACAGGAGGCCCUACAGGAGGCCCUACAGGAGUCCCUACAGGAGUCCCUACAGGAGUCCCUACAGGAGUCCCUACAGGAGGCCCUACAGGAGUCCCUACAGGAGUCCCUACAGGAGUCCCUACAGGAGUCCCUACAGGAGUCCCUACAGGAGUCCCUACAGGAGUCCCUACAGGAGUCCCUACAGGAGCCCCUACAGGAGUCCCUACAGGAGUCCCUACAGGAGGCCCUACAGGAGUCCCUACAGGAGUCCCUACAGGAGUCUCUACAGGAGUCCCUACAGGAGUCCCUACAGGAGUCCCUACAGGAGUCCCUACAGGAGUCCCUACAGGAGUCCCUACAGGAGGCCCUACAGGAGGCCCUACAGGAGUCCCUACAGGAGUCCCUACAGGAGUCCCUACAGGAGUCCCUACAGGAGGCCCUACAGGAGUCCCUACAGGAGUCCCUACAGGAGUCCCUACAGGAGUCUCUACAGGAGUCCCUACAGGAGUCUCUACAGGAGUCUCUACAGGAGUCUCUACAGGAGUCUCUACAGGAGGCCCUACAGGAGGCCCUACAGGAGUCCCUACAGGAGUCCCUACAGGAGUCUCUACAGGAGGCCCUACAGGAGGCCCUACAGGAGUCCCUACAGGAGUCCCUACAGGAGCCCCUACAGGAGUCCCUACAGGAGUCCCUACAGGAGGCCCUACAGGAGUCCCUACAGGAGUCCCUACAGGAGUCUCUACAGGAGUCCCUACAGGAGUCCCUACAGGAGUCCCUACAGGAGGCCCUACAGGAGUCCCUACAGGAGUCCCUACAGGAGUCCCUACAGGAGUCCCUACAGGAGGCCCUACAGGAGGCCCUACAGGAGUCCCUACAGGAGUCCCUACAGGAGUCCCUACAGGAGGCCCUACAGGAGUCCCUACAGGAGUCCCUACAGGAGUCCCUACAGGAGUCCCUACAGGAGUCUCUACAGGAGGCCCUACAGGAGUCCCUACAGGAGUCCCUACAGGAGGCCCUACAGGAGUCCCUACAGGAGUCCCUACAGGAGUCUCUACAGGAGUCCCUACAGGAGGCCCUACAGGAGGCCCUACAGGAGUCACUACAGGAGUCCCUACAGGAGUCCCUACAGGAGGCCCUACAGGAGUCUCUACAGGAGUCCCUACAGGAGUCCCUACAGGAGUCCCUACAGGAGUCCCUACAGGAGUCCCUACAGGAGUCCCUACAGGAGUCUCUACAGGAGUCUCUACAGGAGUCUCUACAGGAGUCUCUACAGGAGUCUCUACAGGAGGCCCUACAGGAGUCUCUACAGGAGUCUCUACAGGAGUCUCUACAGGAGGCCCUACAGGAGUCCCUACAGGAGUCCCUACAGGAGUCCCUACAGGAGUCUCUACAGGAGUCCCUACAGGAGUCCCUACAGGAGUCCCUACAGGAGUCCCUACAGGAGUCCCUACAGGAGUCCCUACAGGAGUCCCUACAGGAUUCCCUACAGGAGGCCCUACAGGAGUCCCUACAGGAGGCCCUACAGGAGUCCCUACAGGAGUCCCUACAGGAUUCCCUACAGGAGGCCCUACAGGAGUCCCUACAGGAGUCCCUACAGGAUUCCCUACAGGAGGCCCUACAGGAGUCCCUACAGGAGUCCCUACAGGAGUCCCUACAGGAGUCCCUACAGGAGUCCCUACAGGAGUCCCUACAGGAGUCCCUACAGGAGCCCCUACAGGAGUCCCUACAGGAGUCCCUACAGGAGGCCCUACAGGAGUCCCUACAGGAGUCCCUACAGGAGUCUCUACAGGAGUCCCUACAGGAGUCCCUACAGGAGUCCCUACAGGAGUCCCUACAGGAGUCCCUACAGGAGUCCCUACAGGAGGCCCUACAGGAGGCCCUACAGGAGUCCCUACAGGAGUCCCUACAGGAGUCCCUACAGGAGUCCCUACAGGAGGCCCUACAGGAGUCCCUACAGGAGUCCCUACAGGAGUCCCUACAGGAGUCUCUACAGGAGUCCCUACAGGAGUCUCUACAGGAGUCUCUACAGGAGUCUCUACAGGAGUCUCUACAGGAGGCCCUACAGGAGGCCCUACAGGAGUCCCUACAGGAGUCCCUACAGGAGUCUCUACAGGAGGCCCUACAGGAGGCCCUACAGGAGUCCCUACAGGAGUCCCUACAGGAGCCCCUACAGGAGUCCCUACAGGAGUCCCUACAGGAGGCCCUACAGGAGUCCCUACAGGAGUCCCUACAGGAGUCUCUACAGGAGUCCCUACAGGAGUCCCUACAGGAGUCCCUACAGGAGGCCCUACAGGAGUCCCUACAGGAGUCCCUACAGGAGUCCCUACAGGAGUCCCUACAGGAGGCCCUACAGGAGGCCCUACAGGAGUCCCUACAGGAGUCCCUACAGGAGUCCCUACAGGAGGCCCUACAGGAGUCCCUACAGGAGUCCCUACAGGAGUCCCUACAGGAGUCCCUACAGGAGUCUCUACAGGAGGCCCUACAGGAGUCCCUACAGGAGUCCCUACAGGAGGCCCUACAGGAGUCCCUACAGGAGUCCCUACAGGAGUCUCUACAGGAGUCCCUACAGGAGGCCCUACAGGAGGCCCUACAGGAGUCCCUACAGGAGUCCCUACAGGAGUCCCUACAGGAGUCCCUACAGGAGGCCCUACAGGAGUCCCUACAGGAGUCCCUACAGGAGUCCCUACAGGAGUCCCUACAGGAGUCCCUACAGGAGGCCCUACAGGAGUCCCUACAGGAGGCCCUACAGGAGGCCCUACAGGAGUCCCUACAGGAGUCCCUACAGGAGUCCCUACAGGAGGCCCUACAGGAGUCUCUACAGGAGUCCCUACAGGAGUCCCUACAGGAGUCCCUACAGGAGUCCCUACAGGAGUCCCUACAGGAGUCUCUACAGGAGUCUCUACAGGAGGCCCUACAGGAGUCCCUACAGGAGUCCCUACAGGAGUCCCUACAGGAGUCCCUACAGGAGUCCCUACAGGAGUCCCGGCCUCCGUUGUGGGCAACUUCUACAGAGGGACUGUAG